GGUAGCACAUGCAUUCUAGGCUAUAGUAGUUUCAGCACGUAAUUUAUUACAUUGAUGAUAUUUUUUGUUCUAUUGGCUUGUUUUAGCGUCAUCUGUUUGCUAGUGAAUGGGUGGGUAAGUAUUAUGUAGUCUUGCAUUAUGAUGCUAAAUUUGUUUGCAAAAAAACAAUUUUUUAACAUUGCUCAACAACACCUUUGUUAUGCUGGAUAAUUUUUGCUUGUUAAUACGAAUUGUCAGCCAUAUAACAAAACUGUUGCCUUAUAAAACAGAAUAAAUUGCACUAUGUUUAUUUGCACAUUGAUGUUGCACCAAAAAACUUGAACGUACAUAUUCACAUCAAAUAGUAAAAGAGGAGAAUGCCAGCUUUUUUUAUGACACUAAGGCAAAAGGCAAAUGGUGUUUACUCUGGAUUUGUCUUUGUAAAAAAAAGCAAGCUAUGGCAAGUAUCAAUUUUUCUUUGACCCCUGUGCAUUAAAAUCAUGCAUAUACUUGCAUUCCCAAUGCUAGAUUUUUCAAAUGCAAACAAAUGUGCUGGGGCGAACAAAUCAAAUUAAAUACAUGUUGUAAUAACGACCCUGGGAAAUCCUCAAAAGACUUAAUUUGUGACAAAAUUUAAACUGAAAAGCCCUGGUGUGCACCAGAAUGCUUUUUCCACAAGAUUUGAUCACCCUUAUUUUUGAAGCAAGUUAUAAAAUAAAACUUUAGUAUUGUUCAGGUAUAUACCUAUAACUGCAUUCCUAUUAACAAUUUUUUAUUGCAAACAGCAUCGCUUGAUCAAUGCUCUACAACCAGUAGGCUGCUAAAGUUCUACCUUGGCAGAUGUUUAGGCUGAGUUAGAAAUUCCAAAUUAUGGAACAAUCAUGUGAUGGUCCAAGAGGUCUGGAAUACCAGGGAUUGAGAUGUGCUGGCUUUAGCAAAGAUAUGUAUUGUUCUCCAGUUUGAAAGACUCACAGUCAGCUAUGACCAUGGUUUAUCUUCUGAUAAAUUAAUUGGUAAAACUGUUGGUCAAGUUCUUAAUGAUGCAGCGGAACAAUUCCCCAAUCACGAAGCCAUUGUUUGUCACAAUGAUGACAGACGUAUUACAUUUUCCCAGUUAUUGGAGCAGGUUGACCAGUUAGCUGCAGGUUUUCUUGCGAUUGGACUAGAAAGAGGUGAUAGAGUUGGAGUAUGGGGGCAGAAUCACAUGGAGUGGGUGUUCACACUCUUCGCUGCAGCAAAAGCAGGAUUAAUAGUUGUGAAUGUGAAUCCAGCUCAUCGUGCUAAUGAAUUAGAAUAUUCUAUAAAUAAGGUAGGAAUGAAAGCACUUUGUAUGAUGCCAUCUUUCAAGACAUCCAAUUAUUAUGAAAUUCUUAGAGAGGUCGCUCCAGAAAUUGAAUUUAGUCAGCCAGGAAAGCUAAGAGCUGAAAGAAUACCAUGUUUACAUCAUGUUAUUGUCACAGAGGGACCAGAUUUACCUGGAACUUUUUCUCUUGAACAAAUAAUGAACUUUGCUGGAGGGACUGAACAGCAUAGAAUAAAUGAAUUAAAGGAUGAAAUUCAAUUUGAUCAACCAGUAAACAUUCAGUUUACAUCUGGAACCACUGGAAAUCCCAAAGCAGCCGUCCUUACUCACCACAAUAUUGUCAACAACGCAUAUUUUGUUGGUCUUGGUUUGCAAUACUCAGAGACAAGCAAAGUGUGCAUUCCGGUACCAUUGUUCCAUUGUUUCGGAAUGACGCUUGGAUGCCUGUCAGCUACCAUGUUUGGAAGUACACAGAUUUAUCCUGCACGUGGUUUUGACCCGGCUGCAACGUUGGAAGCCAUUGACAAAGAAAGAGCUACAUCCAUAUAUGGGACACCAGCCAUGUUUAUCGACAUGCUUCAUCAACCUAACAAAGAACAAUUUGAUUUCACUUCGUUAGAAACAGGAGUAAUGGCGGGUUCACCGUGUCCUGUUGAAGUGAUGAAUCAGAUUGUCAAGGAUUUAAAAUGCGACGAGAUGACCAUUGGAUACGGUUUAACUGAAACCAGCCCUGUUGUUAACUUGUGUCCACGCAGCAGCUCUGUUGAAAGAAGAACUUCUACCAUUGGUUUGAUUAUGCCGCAUAUGGAGAUAAAAGUGAUCGAUGAGAAUGAAAAUAUUACACCUGUCAACACUUCUGGAGAACUCUGCUAUCGUGGACACAGCGUUUUUUAUGGUUAUUGGAAAGAUGAGCAAAAAACAAAAGAUGCAAUCGAUGACAACGGUUGGUUCCACACGGGGGAUAUUGGAACGAUAGAUGAAGAAGGAUAUACGAAGGUUGUUGGUAGGUUGAAGGAUAUGGUUAUUCGUGGUGGUGAGAAUAUUUACCCGACCGAAGUCGAAAACUUUCUUUACAAGCAUCCCAAAAUUGAAGAUGUCCAGAUUUUUGGAGUUCCUGACAAAAGAUUAGGAGAAGAACUUUGCGCUUGGAUCAAAUUGAAAAGAGAUGUUGAAGCUACCUCAGAUGAAAUCAAAGAAUUCUGCAAAGGGAAAAUUGCUCACUACAAAAUUCCGAAGUAUAUUGAAUUCGUGGAAGAGUAUCCAAUGACGAUAUCGGGAAAGAUCAAGAAAUUCGAGAUUCGAAACGAAAUGAUCAAAAGGUUUCAUAAUGCUUCACAAACACAUGAAAUCGACCCAGAAAAAAAACAUCAUUCGCAUUUUUAAGAAAUAGAUUUUAUACAUAAUACAUUCAAUAUAUAAAAGAUGCCGUAAAAGAUAAAUGAUUAGUCAAGACCAUAAUAAAUUAAACGAACAAUGAUAUAAAGCUCUUAAACAAACCCCCCUUUACUUUAUGCAUUUAGAACGUAGGAAGUUAAGGGGAAGUUUAGGAUAUACUUCCUAUUACUGUUGCGGUGUAGUCUUUUUGUUAAGAAGCCUGCUGAAACUCCCGUUGGAUACAAGAAAGUACGUUACUUUUACUUUUUUUUUUUUUUUUUUAUAUUUUGCGUGAAAAAGGGGUUUAUAAUUUUUUUUUAAAUCACUUUUAUAAAUUGAAGCAUGCGAGAAUUUGUUCUACAAUAUUUUUAAAUUUUUUUGUAAAUAAUUUUUAAAAAAAUUAAUCUUUUCUU